ACACACACACACACAGAGUCUGAAAACUCCACAUCUGACUGAAGCACAGACUCCGGCUGCAGCUGAAUGAGGAAACAUUAGCAGCUUCUGUCUCGGUCAGGAAUGGAAAUGUUGCAGCGUAGAAACCUGAGGUUUUGUCCUCUGCUGCUGCUGGUUCUGGUUCUGGUUCUGGUUUACGAGGCCACGGGUCAGAGAAGAACGACACAAGGACACAACAUCAACUACAGGCUGCAUGCAGAUGGAGAUGAUGGAGGAGAAGAAGCUCAGGCGUGUUCUCUGGAGGUGGCCUUCAUCCUCGACAGCUCUGAGAGCGCCAAGAUCUUCCUGUUUGAGAAGCAGAAGGCCUUCGUGUUGGGCUUCAGCACGAGGCUGGCCACGCUGCACGUGGCCGGCUGGAGGCUGAGGGUGCGGAUGGCCGCGCUUCAGUACAGCAGCACCGUGUCCGUCGAGCAGCGCUUCUCCGCCUGGAGGGACCUGGACUCGUUCCACGGCCGCGUCAGCACCAUGAGCUACAUCGGCCACGGCACCUACACCAGCUACGCCGUCACCAACGCCUCGCAGCUGCUGGUGGAGGAGACGGAGGCUGACAGCGUAAGGGUCGCGGUUCUGUUGACGGACGGCGUGGAUCACCCACGCAGCCCCGACGUGGUCGCGGCUGCGGCGGAGGGCAAAGAUCAGGGCGUCCGGUUCUUCGCCGUGGGUUUAUCGGACAUCGCGCAGCAGAGUCAGAACAACGCCAAACUGCGAGCCAUCGCCAGCACGCCGACUCAGCAGUUUGUCCAGAGUCUGCUCGAUCAUCAGCUGGAGGACAAGCUGCUCAAAGAGAUGGCUGCUGUUGCACUCGAGGGGUGUCAACAACCCCAAACGUGUCUGUGUGAAAGAGGAGAGACAGGCCAGCCUGGAAUUCCAGGUAGAAAAGGCGACACGGGGUUCAGAGGACCACCUGGUCUGAAAGGAGCAAGGGGAGAGCCUGGAUUAAAUGGUCGGCCUGGAAUUGAUGGUCCAGAGGGUCGUCCAGGUUACAAAGGCAACAAGGGAGACAGAGGAGACUGUGGAACUCCAGGAGACAAAGGAGACGCCGGAUUUGAGGGACCUCCAGGCUCACGAGGUUCCAAAGGAGAAAAGGGUUCACUUGGACCACCAGGGGACGCCGGUCCUGACGGACUUGCAGGACCUAAAGGAGACAAAGGACACAGUGGAGUUCCUGGACCACCGGGAGAAUUUGGGAUUGGAUUUCCAGGAUCCAAGGGUGAAAAGGGUCUUCAGGGAAGACCAGGACCUUUAGGUCCUGUGGGCAGAGGAGAACCAGGACUACCAGGACCUCCAGGACCUGUUGGAGCUCAGGGAAACCCUGGACCACCUGGAGAGGGACUCCCUGGACCAAAGGGCGAUCGAGGAUACGAAGGUCCGAGGGGCAAUCGUGGUCUCGCCGGUGUUGGGGUCAAAGGUGAUAAGGGCAGUUUUGGACCACCUGGAGUUCCAGGUCCACUUGGUGCUCCAGGUCCAGGUCUUCAAGGAGAAAAGGGCGAUCAAGGUCCAGUGGGACCUUCAGGACCAAGAGGAGCUCCAGGAAUUGGACUCACAGGACCAAAGGGGAAUCAGGGUCUUCCAGGUGAAGCUGGAGUUCCAGGAGAGAGAGGAGUGGGACAACCAGGACCUAAAGGUGAUCCAGGAGCUGAGGGGUUGCCAGGUUUUCCAGGUCAGCCUGGAGAAGACGGAGUUGCAGGACAGAAGGGUGACCUCGGGUUACCAGGACCCCGGGGACCUGACGGCGCUCCAGGUAAAGGUUCCCCUGGAAACAAGGGAGACAGAGGAGACAGAGGAGCCCGGGGCCUCCCAGGUGCAGUCGGUCCUGUGGGGCCAACGGGGCCAAAGGGAGAAGCAGGAAAUCCAGGUCCUCCAGGAACAACUGGACCCUCGGGUCGAGGAAUACCUGGAGCCAAGGGAGAACCAGGUCCUCAAGGUCCAGCUGGAGCUGUGGGAGAACCAGGACGAGGUUUUUCUGGACCUAAAGGCGACAGAGGCUCGCCUGGUUCUGUUGGUUCACCUGGGGUCAAAGGUGAAGGUUUUCCUGGUCUCCCUGGUCUUCCAGGACCUCCAGGUCUGCUGGGAGAGACCGGAUCAGACGGUGUUGGUUUACCAGGACCAAAGGGAGACCGGGGUUUGCAUGGACCUGCUGGACCUGCAGGACCUCCAGGAGUCGGUCUGAUUGGCGCAAAGGGUUCAGGGGGACAGACGGGACCAGUGGGUCCUCCAGGUUUACCUGGAGAAGGAAUUCAAGGAUCAAAGGGGGAGCCUGGAUUUCCAGGGAUUCCCGGUCCUCGAGGUCCUCCAGGACAAGGUCUGCAGGGAGACAAGGGCGAUCGAGGGUUCAGAGGUGAGAAAGGCUUAAAGGGAGACAGAGGAGAAUCUGGAGAACCAGGAACUGCCGGAGCUACGGGUCGACUUGGAGAGAAGGGAGAACCAGGACUCACAAGAGAUGAAGUCAUUAAAAUAGUGAGAUCCAUCUGCAGUUGUGGAGUGAGCUGCCGUCAAACACCGUUGGAGCUGGUUUUCGUGAUCGACAGCUCAGAGAGCGUCGGCCCCGACAACUUCAACGUGAUCAAGGACUUCGUGAACGCCCUGAUCGACCGCGCCUCGGUCAGCAGAGACACCACGCGGGUGGGCGUGGUCCUCUACAGCCAUAUCAACACGGUGGUGGUCAGCCUGGAGCAGGAGGCCUCGCGGGACGAGAUCAAGUCUGCCGUGCGCUCCAUGACCUACAUGGGUGAGGGCACGUUCACCGGCAGCGCCAUCCACCAGGCCGGCCAGGUGUUCCGCGCCGCGCGGCCAGGCGUGAGGAAGGUGGCCAUCGUCAUCACAGACGGUCAGGCGGACAGGAGGGACGCCGUCAGUCUGGAGAAGGCGGUGACAGAAGCUCAGGGAAGCGGCAUAGAGAUGUUUGUCAUCGGCGUGUUGAACAAGAGUGACCCGCUGUACGAGGAGUUCAAGAAGGAGCUCAACCUCAUGGCCUCUGACCCCGACAGUCAACACGUUUACCUGAUCGACGACUUCAAAACUCUGCCAGCUCUGGAGAAGAAGCUGCUGAGUCACAUCUGUGAGGACGGAGACAGACAACUCUUCAGCUCCGUCCCGAGCUCCAGAUUAGCUCCGGGAUUCCACGAGGUCUCUGGGAACGUCAGGGAACCUCCGUACAGGACGGACACGGACACGCCCACUUUCACCGGAGACAUCAGGAGAGUUCACAUGCUGCCCGGUCCUCCAGGUUCUCACCCACAUAGAGAACCUGUGUCUCCACAGAAACCUGAUCCUGACGCCAGAACCUCCACAGACUCUCACAUAAUCCCACUGUUCGACCCGGAGCCUUUCAGACCAGUGACAGAGGAGAAGAGGACUCUGGCGCCACCUGUGGUGGAGAGCGGAGCAGCAGCAGCUGGAGCAGCUCGUCCAACUCUGAAGGUCCCGACCGAGGAGAAGACGCCGCUGUUGACCUCUGACACCUACGCCUCAGUCCCUGCAGCCGAGCGGUGCAGUCAGAUCCUGGACCCCGGUCCGUGUCGGGACUACGUGGUGAGGUGGUACUACGACGCCACGGCCAACUCCUGCGCUCAGUUCUGGUUCGGAGGCUGCCGAGGAAACAGUAACCAGUUUGAGAGUGAGAGCGCGUGCAGAGAAAACUGCGUCAAAGCCUGAAAA